GUUAUUUUUAAAAUAAUUUUAUCAUCCUUCCGCUAAACCUAAACUUAGUAGGAAGCAUUUAUAAGCACAGCUCGGAUAUGACUUAUAAUUGAUAUUUGAUUUAAAAAUUUUUAAUGGAAGUCAACCGGAGGCAAGGCGCCGAGGAAGCAGCUUGCCGCCAAGCUGCUCGUAAAUCAGCACCGGCCACUGAAGGAGUGAAGAAGCCUCACCGUUUCAGGCCGAGAACUGUGGCUUUGAGAGAGAUCAGGAAGUACCAGAAGAGUACUGAGCUCUUGAUCCGAAAGCUUCCGUUCCAGAGCCUUGUGCGAGAGAUCGCUUAGGAUUUCAAGACUGAUCUCAGGUUCCAGAGCAGUGCAGUCGCUACUCUCUAGGAAAUAUUAAGGGAUAAUUAUAAGUUGUCCCUCAGCUGAGUUCUUGUUUUCAAUUUCUUCCUAAUAUUUUUAUUCGUGCUAAUUAAGACCUUAUUGUUGGCAACUUAUGUUAUAUAUUAUUCCCAAUUAAGGCUAAAGUUCUCAAUAAAAGUCAUCUAAAUAC